AUGGCUUCGAGCUCAGCAAGAUGGGUCGCGUUUCUGGCGGCGCUCCUUUCACUUUGGGCCUGUGCCCCCAGCUUUGGUGUCCCAGCCUCGAGUCAGCAGCCUCUGAGCGUUCUUAGGGAAAGUGCCGGGCUGAGCAUCAACCAGAAAACUCCGAACGUCGAAGGCCUGUCACUGUCUCGCAAGGAGAAGGUACUCAUGAGCAAGCUUGCAGAGCUGGGCAAGAAGGGCGACUGGCAAGGCGCCCGUGGACUGUAUGAAGGCUACAAAGGUUCGGCCGCCCCGGUGCUCACUGCCGCCAUGCAGGCAGCUUACCGUUGCAAAAAGUACCAAGAAGCUGCUGCAAUUUACUACAGGCUGCGGGCUUUGCGUGUCGAGGUGACCGAGGUCAGCCUGCCUGUGGGCAUGCAGAUUUUCGGAAAGUUGCAAGAUCCUGUCAUGGUUGACGCGAUAUGGGCUGAAGUUACAGAACGCGGAUGGGUUAAUAGAUUCAAUUGUGGUGCCCGCAUGGAUGCACUAGCUUACAUGGGGAACGUCGAAGGGGCAGCGAGUGUGCUGGACAUUAUGCGUACACAGCGAAUUGACCUUGACGAGCACAAGUUCAAUGCACCAAUUUUGGCUUGUGCCAAUGCCAAACGGCCCAGCCACGACGUAGCCAUGUACUUGUUCGAAAUGUUACUGGACAACGGCUUUGCGCCGACGAUCGUGACCUUUACCAACUUGGCACGGGCACAUGCGAAGGCAAGUCUUGAGCAGAUCCAGCAAAUCCGUGCCGUCAUGAAAGAGCACAAUGUCCCUGGCAAUAAAGUUUUUGCUGAGUCGUAUUUGAGUGCCUUGGUCCAGGGGCGUCGUCUGAACUCUGCUCGUACCAAACAAGCAAUGACUGCGAAGCUUGCAGAUCUGCCUGAGCGUGAAGGAAGACUGAAAGAAGCCGAGAGCGCGCUGCUCGAGAUGCAAGCCAGCAACGUCCAGUUGACCGCACUAUGUCAGGCCUUCCUCGAGUAUAUGCAGCAAGCCGGCUCGUGA